AUGCCGAUGCCCGGUGGUCGCUCCACACACAUGUGCAGCAAGUGCAAUGCUCUGGUUAUUCUAGUCUUCGUAUCUCUCCUGGAUUUCUCCGACAGCACGCCCAACUUCGGCUUCGAUUCGGCGAACUCUUGUAGUCCAAAUGGCAAAAUGUCGAGACGUGGCCGUGCCCAGAUGUUGGCAGCCAUUCCAUGUGAUCUGGGCAAGCAGCCCUUCUGUCAUCUGCCUGGAUCCAUUUAUCCGUGGCACGCGGUCCGUCGCUUCGUCCAUGAGAAUCAGGGACUGAUGAAGCGAAUGUACGGAGAUGUGAGACACAUUUCCAUACUACGAGAUGAGAUACAAAAUAAUGAGGUGGCCGAUGUGGAUGACAUGGAGGAUGCGGCAGAUCGUUAUUCGAAGAUGCCACGUGGUGCCAAGUAUAUGUUGCAUGGCAGGGACGCAGAGCGCGAUGACUUUGGAAGCUACAAGGGGAAUGAUGUGCUUAUGGAACCACAUUUCCGACCAGUGUCCACAACAACCACACAGAGCACAACAACAACCACAACGACGCCAACCACGACAAGUUCCACGAGCUCAACCACAACAAUUGCACCACCAGCUGUUGCAGUUGCAAAGCCAGAGAGGGAGAGGGUGCGGGAGAAGGAGACGGAACGUGAGCGGCCCAGCUUGGAGUCGAACAGUGUUUACGAGUUGCCCGGCAGCACCACUACAACCACCAGCACCACCAAACGCCCACAGCCCACAGAGAAAACAGUUGAUAAUAUACAAAUCAUUGACUCACCACAGCUGGGAGGAUCUCCAAAGGGAGUCGAGGGCAGCCUACGCAAUUUGAGCAUUUCAGCUGUGCCGGCAACACUUGCCACUGUGGUAAAAGCCACCACAGUGGUGCCAACUAAACGCACCACAACAUUGGCCAGUCGCAAGAGUGCCACGCCUACAACGACCACUCCCACUUCCACAGCAGCAGCAGCAGCAGCAACUGCAGCAGCCAUCAGCAGUGGUAGCAUCACCAGCACCACCACAGCUGCUUUGCUGGCACGCCGAAAUUCUACCAAGACGACGCUGGGCAGCACCACACCUGUCAGCUUUGCCUCCCUUUUCUCCUCCACCUUCACGGCCUUGAGCUCGGACAAGCAACGACGUCCACUGACCACCAGCACCACUUCAGCUCCACCACCCAUGAGCUCCACAAAGGCAGGGCUCUUGCGGGAGGGAGGACAGCUCUUCCAGGAUGCCAUGAAGCAGGAGCCGGUGGCGGUGAGCAGCAACAUGCGAGGGGUCAAUGCUUGUCCUGUGAAGGACGAGGUGGUUGCCCCCUUCUGGGCGAACAACACACGUGGAGAGGUCUUGGCCCUGCUCAAUCUCUAUCCCUUCGAGCAGUAUGUGCAUUGGGAGAAGUGCACCCACGAGUUCAAGCAGAUGUUUUGUCGCGAUGGCUGCCGCUGUGAGCAACAGUAUCGACUCCAUCGUUUAUUGGCCUAUGACCCUCACAAUGAAUGUCGUGGCAUUUUCUCCGAUUGGUUUCGCUUUCCCUCCAGCUGCAUUUGCAAGUGCUACAACAUACCCAUGGAAUUUCGUGCCACAUCGAGGAGUCCACGCUCCGAUAGCAGCUUCGAUGCACCACAAUCUCCACCUGCUGAUCCCGUUGGAGCUGCCGAGGCGGAGGUUCAACGUGCGAUCUAUGAGCAUGCCACAGAUCAAUGGUAUCGGCCACGUGAUGAAUUCGACUUCUUCGAGGGUUAAUCUCCCAAAUAUAUGAGCUAGCUCAUUCCCCCUUUGGAUUAGCUCAUCAGAUUGAGGCUUUGGACAGACCUAGUCCCUUGUUUGUGUACAGUUAUCAUAGUGUAUAGUGAAUAGUACCCACACCAAGUACUGAAGUAAUCAUCUUUUCGACUUUUGCUUAACCAAUUAGAUUACAACUUUUAAAGGAAAACUCAAGAAAGAAGAUCGACCUGUGUAAGCAAAAAAAAAAUUGAAGAUGUGAAAACUCAAUCCCUCAAUAUAUAGAUUUUACUAGGCCUAUCCAGCUCCUUUCAUUUCCCCAGCAGGAAAAUCGCGAAGGAAGGGUAAAAUUAAAUCACUGAGAUGGAUUGGUUCAGUGAGAAAAGGAAAA